UUGUCCUUUGGUAUCCAGUAACAGUACCCAACAUAAUUUCAGCUCUACUAAAUGCAUUGAAAAUAGGACAUAAUGAAUGGACACCAUCACUUUCUCUCUCUACUUCCAUUAAAAUACCUUAAACAAAAAACCCAUUUCUUUCUCUCUCUUUCUUUUUGGUUUUGUCAACUCUUCUUUAAUUAUUAAACCAAAAAAAACUGUAAGUCAUUCUCAGAAAGCCUGCCCAUCAAAUACAGUAAGAAAAAGAAAGGAAAAUACAUGAAAUUUCUCGGUUUUCUUUGUUGCUUCAACGCGUAAUUAAAUCCUUGAAUAUUUUUUAUUUUCCCACUUGAAGAAAAAAAUCCCAUCUUGUAUUUAAAGGAAACUGCUUGAUUAAUUAUUCAUAUUGUUGAAGUUUCAAACAUCAUUACAACAACCCAACAAACUAUUACAACAACAAAAGGGUGAAAGGUCUGUUCUUGUUCUUACUGUAGAGAGAGAAAUAUCGUUUUUUAUUCUUGAUUUUUUUGGGUUUUUUCAUUUGCGUAUUUAGGGUUCUUUCUUUGUAAUUUUGGGAUAUUUUUUGAUUCGGGUGAUAAUUGUUUUGGAUUUGGUUAUCUGGGUUGUGUUUGAAAUCUUGAAUUUGAGCUUAAAAUGGCAACUGCAGCUGCGUUUUCAUCGUUACGGCGGCGAAGAUCGCCACCUUUGGAGGCAUUUUUGGCUCCGGUGGACCUUACUGAUGGAGGGAUUAUAACAACGUUAUUAUCUGUAGCUAAUGAGUUAGUGGAAUUGCAUUCUGGGAAGAAAUUGUUAUUUCAGAAGAAGAAUUUCUUGUCUUUGGUUAGGAAAAUUGAGGUAUUUGUUGUUUUAUUGGAUUUCUUGAAGGAAUCUAAGCCUAUUUUAAGGUUUUCAUACACAGCGCUUAUGUGCUUAAAGGAGCUUUAUUUACUGUUUUAUAGAUGCAAAAUAUUGUUGGAUUAUUGUGCACAAUCUAGUAAAUUAUGGAUGCUUUUACAAAACCAGUCGAUUUCGGGUCAUUUUCAUGAUCUUAAUCAAGAAAUGUCUACCCUUUUGGAUGUUCUUCCUAUUAAAGAGCUUAGUUUGAAUGAAGAUGUUAAAGAACAGAUUGAGUUGUUGCAAAAACAGUUGAGGAGAGCUAAGUGUUAUGUGGAUAAGAAGGAUGAGAUGUUGAGGCUUAGAUUAUAUUCUUUCUUGAAUGAAUUUGAGGAUGGAAAUGUUCCUGCUGAGAAUGAGCUUUGGUUUUUCUUCGUUGAUCAGUUGAGGAUUUGUGAUGCAAAGAGUUGUAGGGGUGAGAUUGAGUUUUUAGAGGAGCAGAUUGUUAAUCACGAGGGCAAUAUUGAGCCAACGGCUGCUGUGCUUAAUGGGUUUCUGGCUGUGACUCGUUAUUGUCGGUUUUUGCUGUUUGGGUUUGACGAAGAGAUGGAGAUCGGAGGCGAGAGCCUGAAGAAGAUGAGGAAAGGAAUGAUGACUCAGGAAAUUGCUGAUACUUUUCUUACGAUUCCUAAAGACUUUUGUUGCCCCAUAUCGUUAGAUUUGAUGCGAGAUCCGGUGAUUGUAUCGACUGGCCAGAGCUAUGAUCGGUCAUCGAUAUCAAGGUGGUUAGAUGAAGGUCAUUAUACUUGUCCAAAGACCGGUCAAAUGCUUGCCCAUACACGCCUCGUUCCCAAUCGAGCUCUUAGGAAUUUGAUAGCCCAAUGGUCUGCUGCUCAUGGAGUUCCAUUUGAGACCCCAGAGGGUGCAGAAUCCUCUUCGGAGCUAGUUGCAGCUUCAUCGUCAAAAGCAGCUGUUGCAGCAAACCAGGCCACAGCAUAUCUUCUUAUCCAACAACUUGCUUGUGGGUCAGAGGAUGCACAAGCCGUUGCUGCUCGAGAGAUUCGGAUGUUGGCUAAAACAGGGAAGGAGAACCGUGCUUUUAUUGCAGAAGCUGGUGCAGUGCCUUAUCUCAAGAGCCUAUUGUCGUCUAAAAAUGCGAUUGCUCAAGAGAAUUGUGUCACUGCAAUGCUUAAUCUAUCCAUAUACGACAAGAAUAAGGGACGGAUCAUGGAAGAAGAAGGGUGCUUGAAGUCCAUUGUUGACGUUUUAAGAUUUGGGCACACAACUGAGUCGAGAGAGAAUGCUGCUGCAACAUUGUUUAGCCUAUCAGCUGUCCAUGACUUUAAGAAGAGAAUUGCGGAUGAAAAUGGGGCUGUCGAAGCACUUGCGGAACUGUUGAGGGAUGGGACUCCGAGAGGCAAGAAAGAUGCAGUUACUGCUUUGUUUAAUCUAUCGACACAUGCAGAGAAUGGUGCAAGAAUGAUUGAAGCAGGCGCAGUAACAGCAAUUAUCGGAGCUCUAGGGAUCGACGGGGUAUCAGAAGAGGCAGCAGGGGCAUUGGCCUUGAUUGUGAGGCAGCCUGCCGGGGCCAAGGCUGUAGGGAAGGAGGAAAUGGCAGUGGGUAGUUUGCUUGGGAUGAUGCGUUGUGGGACACCCCGAGGAAAGGAGAAUGCAGUUGCCGCAUUAUUGGAACUUUGCCGGAAUGGUGGGGCUGCCGCCACUGAGAGGGUGCUCAAGGCACCGGCAUUGGCGGGUUUGCUUCAAUCCUUGCUAUUCACCGGUACAAAACGAGCUCGGAGAAAGGCAGCUUCCCUUGCUAGGGUAUUUCAACGAAGAGAGAACGCAACUCUGCAUUAUGGUGGAUUAGGAGUUGCAUAUCACUUAGCUGGGAACACGGGUAUGAAUAGAGAUACGAGCUUUGCUGGUGAUGUGUCUGUACCCAUGUCUAUAUCUGUUCCGGUUGUGCAAGGGUAAAACACCCCGAUGCACGCUUUUCUUAUAUGUUUGUAAAUGUAUAUCUGUGUUCUCGAAUUUUGGUUGGAAACCCGACAUUCUUUCAUUCAAAUAUGAGGCCUAAAAAACAAAUAUAGGAAAUACGAUACCUGCUUACUUACUCUUGUGUGAUCUCGCAGCAUAAUGACUUUCACGUCUUCUUUC